GUUUUGUUUUCGGAGAAACUAUGAGUCAACAGACAGAGAUUACGUUAUAUGUAAACAGAAGCCGUACUCAGGAAACAGGACGUACAUGCGACUUACAUCUCACUUCACUAACUUCUUGCUAAGGUUACAUUAGCUGCUCAGUUUCAACAAUGUUAGGCUGAAAAAACGAGCAUGCGGACUGUUCAACCGCGCUGUUCUGUCGGGAGAUGCAGCGACUUAAACCAGUGACAGCCGCAGAGCACCUUCUGCACUGACCCGCCAGCCUUUGAAACAACCGUACAAGACAAUUUUCUCUCAGCCGCAGUGAGUCAUUAAAGGCUACAUGACAGAUGAGCAUGGUGAUAACGCGUGGACGCUGAGCAGGCCGACCCUCAUACAGUGAUGAAGACGACGAAGAAAUGAGUUUGUUUUGAGGAAUGAGGCGGAAGGAACCUUGAACACAGCUCCAAUCUGAGAAGAGACUUUGAGACAGGCAGCAAUGGGGAAUUCAGAGAGCCAAUAUAGCAUCCAGGGCCCCAAAGGCACCAGCUUUGUCUUCCCUGGGAAACCCAAGCCAUACUCACUGAAGCUCCGCUCAUCCAAAGAUGAAGCUCUGUCGCCCCAUACGUGGUGGAAAAGUGCCCCGUUGGGUUCAGGCUACAAGGCCAGGUGUGUUGGCCGUGGCUGUCUGUCCCCUCCUAAAAGCCGGCCACCUUACUCCCCGAGGCACUGUGACCAUGUCUCCAAGGGGGGAAGGGGCAGCCCAAGUGAGCAUCGCUGGCAUCGGUCGCCUGGAUGUGGAAUAAGAAGGCGGCAUUUGUCUGAUGAGUACGGAAAUAAUCCGUAUGGGGCGGAUCUCAAUGGGUGCACCUUGAAUGGACACAGCAAUGAGCACGAGGCUUUAGAGGAACAGAGCAGCCCACGGGUGGUGAUCAAGAAGGAUGGCAGUCUCAGGGUAGAGUUCACUAACACCUCAGGAAACCCCCUCCUCCUGGAUGCAGCUUCUGGCCCAGUACAGCUCCUUAAGUUCUCCCCUAACCUGGAGACUGCCUCAACUCCCAGUCUGCCUGGCUCAAGCGGUAGCAGGCAGGACGGACACCGCAGUGGCCCACCUCCAGCAUCUACCUCUUCUACAGCCAGGACCAGCAAGGGUAGCUCACUCAGCUCGGAUGGUUCCUGGUAUGACUCUCCCUGGGGGCCUAGCACCGAGCUGUGUGAGCAGGACCAACCCUGCUCUGCCAGCAGGACACUGGUCCAAUCCCCAGUCCACCAGCUUGACUCCUUUACUGAACAGUCCCCCCCUGUGUCCAUCACAGAUCUUUACAAAGACCCAACAAUGGCUGCUACCUUUCCCACAGCCAGGGACCUGUCCCAGUUUCAGGACCCUCCGCCAGGUCCGAGGCUACACAGGGCCUCUUUUGCAUCAGUCCUAGAUGUUCCACUGGAGGAAGAAUCUACUGAGGCCUGCCAGUAUUCAUCCUACACCCUGCCCUGUCGCAGGCCCAAAGCACACACCCUGAGUGAAGAUCUGGACCAGUAUCCUGACCAGGAGCAAGCUGGAACUGAUUUUGUCUUCCAAAAGAAAGACUCCAUCAAAAACCGCAUCAGGCGAUUAAGCGACUGGACAGGAAGCCUCAGCCGCAAAAAGAGAAAGUCUCAGGGGUCAUACAGGGAUCUUAUCUUAACGGAGACCAGGUACAAGGACUUGAGCGAUGCCUUUGACAGUGGCGUUGACGGCCUUACUGCAGACACCAGCUCCCCAUCUCAGGUCUCCAGCCUCCUCUGGUUCCCAGGAGCCUCCAGGGCCCAGUCAUCAGGCGCCAUCCACCAAACAACCAGUGACGCCCUCCGCCAGAACAUCUAUGAGAAUUUCAUGAGAGAGCUGGAGACCGGCACCGGACAAGGAGGAGGGGGAGGCGGUGAGAGGAGAGACCCGUCCACAGGCACCGAAGAGGGAGAGAGCAGCAGCGAGUCGGCCGAGGGCUCCCUGGAGCAGCUGGAUCUGCUGUUUGAAAAGGAACAGGGGGUGGUCAGACGCGCCGGCUGGCUUUCUUUCAAACCUCUCGUCACCCUGCACAAGGAUAGGAAGCUGGAGCUGGUGACCCGCCGCAAGUGGAAGCAGUACUGGGUGACCCUGAAAGGAUGUACAUUGCUGUUCUAUGAGACUUAUGGCAAAGGCUCGCCGGAGCAGGAUUUGUCACCUCGCUAUGCUCUCCUGGCCGAGGACAGCAUUGUCCAGGCCGUCCCUGAGCACCCCAAAAAGGAGAAUGUUUUCUGCCUCAGCAACUCAUACGGAGACGUCUACCUCUUCCAGGCCAGCAACCAGACCGACUUGGAGAACUGGGUGACAGCCAUCCAUUCUGCCAGUGCAUCGCUGCUGGCCAAGCGCCAAGGGAAGGAGGACACGGUUCGUCUGCUGCGGAGCCAGGUCCGAGGCCUGCUGCAAAAGAUCGACAUGGACGGGAAGAUGAAGAAGAUGGCCGAGCUGCAGCUGACGGUGGUCAGCGACCCCAAGAACCGCAAGGCUAUUGAGAACCAGAUCCAGCAGUGGGAGCAGAACCUGGAGAGGUUUAACAUGGAUCUGUUCAGGAUGCGCUGCUACCUGGCCAGUCUACAAGGUGGAGAGCUGCCCAACCCAAAGAGUCUGCUGGCGAUUGCAAGCCGCCCCACCAAAACCACCCUGGGACGCCUUGGGAUCUUCUCAGUCUCCUCAUUCCAUGCACUGAUCUGUUCCAGAGAUGAGGCCACACUCAGACGGCGCUCACUGUCCCUGACUCACAGACAGCGCAAGAGAGGCCUUUUCUCCUCGCUCAAAGGCCUCGACAACCUAACGAAAAGGGGCCGGGACAAGAGGCCCUCUGCAUCGCAGAUCUUUGAGAGCGACGCUGGAGGUCAAACGCAUGCCCUACCCCCCAGGAGCACCGAGAGGCUGGACAUGCUGGCCAAUAUCUACUCUAUGUCGCCCCCCGAGGGCGGUGUGUGGGACAGCAUCAGUAGUGCCACAGACGCUGUGCUGACGUGUGUCUACAUGCCAGACGGCCUGACAGUCCAAGUUCCUGUCAGAAGGGACCAGACAGCCGCCGACCUUCUCUCUGCAGCCUGCAAGGUGAAACAGCUGGACCCGGGCCUGCACUGCCUCCGACUGCACAGGCGAGCACAGGGGCAGGGUGUGGAGGUUCGAUACAUGGCUCUUGGAGAGCUCCUCCGCGAUGUGGUCAAUGAUCAGCUGGAGGUGGUCCAAGCUAAUGUGUUUAUGUUGCACAUGAGCAGGCCGAGCGGCACUGGAGACUUUGGUUUUGCAGUAACAGGACACAUUGACAGCCAGAAAAACAGCAGGAUUUUUGUCAGUGAAGUCCUUCCUGAUGACAUGGCAUUCAACGAAGGACUGCGUCCAGGCGAUGAGAUCCUGGUGCUGAACGGCCGGAGUGUGUCGGGCCUGGAUCUGGCUUUGAUCCAGACACUGUUUGCUGAACAAACUCUGCACUUGACUCUAAGGCGGGAUGGACCCGUGCCGCUAACCUCCAGCCACCGGACCCUUCCUCUCCAACACAACCAGGAAGUUCGCAGCAAGCACCAGCGAGCCAUGUCCUCCUCAGAUGUGUGCACUGCAGAUGAUGGUGCCAAGUCCCUGUGUGUAGGACUGGAGAACGGUCACUCCCACUACGCACACAGGCCUGUUCAGCACAGCAAGAGCGUGGACACAGUGUGCACUCUCUACCAGUCCUUCCAGGAGGGGACAGGCUCAGGCUCUGGUGGUUUGAUGGAUGACACCAAAAGCUCUCCAGCGAGGCAGGGAGGGGAUUUAGGCUCGGGUCCCACGCGGGAGGCCACCCUGCUCAGACCUUGCCCUAAGCAUAUGAGCGCCACCGAGAGGUUACGGAAGGUCAUCCAGGAGCUGGUGGACACAGAGAAGUCAUAUGUGAAGGACUUGGCCUGUUUGUUUGAGAUCUACCUGAAACCCCUGCAGAAUGAGACCUUCCUCACACUGGACGAGAUGGAGAGUCUGUUUGGCAGCCUGCCAGAGAUGUUGGACUUCCAGAGGGUCUUCCUGCAGACCCUGGAGGAGAGGAUUGCCUCCUCGCCCGACUUCAGCACCCUGGAGACACCAUCACAGUUCAAGAAGCUGCUGUUUUCUCUCGGGGGUUCAUUCCUGUACUACGCUGACCACUUCAAGCUCUACAGCGGCUUCUGCGCUAACCACAUCAAGGUCCAGAAGGUCCUGGAGAGAGCUAAGACCGAUCAGACCUUCAAGGAAUUCCUGGAUGCGAGGAACCCCACUAAGCAGCACUCAUCCACCCUGGAGUCGUACCUGAUUAAGCCCGUUCAGAGGGUGCUCAAGUAUCCCCUGCUGCUCAGGGAGCUGGUCUCCCUCACUGACGCUGAAAGCGAGGAGCACUACCACCUCACUGAGGCUUUGAAAGCCAUGGAGAAGGUGGCCAGUCACAUCAAUGAGAUGCAGAAGAUUUACGAGGAUUACGGCUCUGUGUUUGAUCAGCUAGUUGCUGAGCAGACCGGCCUUGAUAAAGAGGUCACAGAGAUUUCGAUGGGAGAGUUUCUCAUGCAUUCCUCAGUGGUCUGGCUCAACCCGCAUACAUCAUUGGGUCGCAUGAGAAAAGACCCUGAAAUGACCGUGUUUGUGUUCAAGAAAGCGGUGAUACUGGUCUACAGGGAAAACAACAAGCUGAAGAAGAAGAUGACGAACCCUCGUUCAGCGCUUUCUCACGGAGAUUCGGAUCCCUUUAAAUUCCGUUGGCUCAUCCCACUCUCUGCACUGCAGGUCAGAUUGGGAAACACUGCAGGAACAGGCACAGAAAGCAGCUGCAUCUGGGAGCUGAUUCACUCCAAGUCUGAGGUGGAGGGGAGACCGGAGACUGUCUUCCAGCUGUGUAGCAGUGUGCCGGAGAACAAGGUCAACAUCAUCAAGGUGAUCCGCUCCAUCCUCAGGGAGAACGUGAGGAGGAACAUGAAGAGCGAGGGCACGUUGGAGAGAAGCGGUAAAGAGCGCCUGGUCCCCCUGCGCAGCACCCUGCCCUCCUCUGCCAGGCUAGGUUCCACCAGGGCUUCCUGGUUGUGUAAGCAGCCACUUGGAGAUCUCUCUGCCCAGGUGGGGAACCCCAAGCUGGGGCCAGACUCAGACGAGGGGAGCCUAAGCAGUGGAACCUACAGUUUGUCGGGCGCCCCUCCACCUUGCACCUCCUCUGACUUGCAGCAGAACUGGUCUCAGACAACUGGAUCCAACUCGCAGCCCCGCUCCUCUGCUGUGAAAGAGUCUGAUAUCUUGAGUGAUGAGGAUGAUGACGGCUUUAGCGAGGGGGGAACAAGGAGGGACAGUGGAGACAGCAGCUCUCCAACUAGCGCAAUUGAGGCUCAGUUCCUUCAACUUAAAGUCUCUGAGGACACUGUGUCACAAAGUGCACCGGCUCCCUGUGUUCAGCCAGAGAGAGUCGGGGACACUCCAGAGACCCAACCCAAACUAAUGCGUGGAAACUUCAGUGCUGUUAAGAGGAAAACCAACAGUUUGAGGAGGAGCCAGGGAGCGCUGUUGAACAUGAAGGCGCACAGCAGGUCACUGGACAGUCAGGCGGACGCAGCGUCAGCGUCCGGAGUCGUGGAUCUCAACACGUUGCUGGAGAGAGAGUUCAGCGUCCAAAGUCUGACUUCUGUAGUGAAUGAAGACUGUUUCUAUGACCCAGCUGAGAGCUGUGCCACUGACUCUGGAAAUGCCACCUCCUCAUAAGGGACUGGAUAAACAGAGGUGAGACACUCUGACCAGAGAGCUUUGGCUCACUGCAGGCUCUACCAGUGUGGCAUGAAGUUGUGCCUCAUUUCGGUUUAGUGAGCCACACACCUGCCUGCUAAAAGUAAGGUCUGUUCAGAUGAAGCAUACUGGCUGACAGACCAAGUUUCUCCCCCUAUAGAGGUGAAGAGAGGAGAUUUCAGUCCCAAUGAUAACUACAAUGAAUCUGCCAAGCACUGAUGCAUUCCCGCAUUCCUCUCACAAGCCGUCUUUGUGACGUUUUUUUCCAUCCUACUUUCCCCUGCAGCUCAUGCUAAUUUGCGGUUUUUGAAUUUUCUGUGAGGAAAUACGGAGAAAGUCCUUGGUCUGUCAGUCCCAAAAGUUACAAGAGGAGGAGAGUGCACAGUGCAUAUUGAGCCACAGGAUACUGAGAUAAAAUGUAGCUGUGGAGGAAGCCACACUGGUGCUUUGGCACAGUUUGCCAGGCAGCAGGCUUUUAAACAGAGGUCAUGGGCUCAGGAUUUGGUCAAGUAUUCCAGGCCCUGUUUAUUACUGGUAUUAAAAUGUGUCUUAUGUGAUCAUUUGACCACAUAUUUUGCCGUGUUACAUGCUAAUACAUCUCCAACAAGCUAACACCCUGCAACUUGCCCAUUUUAAGGCGAUUUGCAUUAAGUGCUGUGUGACCGUCCAUCAUUAUUUCCUAUUAAAUCAGACGUGCUGGAUUCUGCUGACAGUAAUAUCUCCAGCUGUACACACACAACCGCUGCGACGACUGGCGAGCAGCUAGCAAGAGUGUGGACGUAGUAACUCUGCACAGGGCCCGUUGGCCUUCCAGUGUUAGUGACGUCUGUCUAAAUCUAAUAUCUAAACUAAUCUAAACACAAGUGGUCAGCUGAGGAUACAUGAUGGACACAGGUGUGAAAGGCGAUGUGCCACAGCUGGAUCACCAAAGCACAUGUUAAUACCAGGUAAAAUGAGACAGUAGGGGCCACUAAGUGAAGGCUAUCACAGCUGAGUAAGAUCCACCCAAAGAGCUGCGUCAGUCAGGUCAGGCUUCCUGAAGAGAGUUGACGUUGGCCUAAACAAACAGGAAGGACACCAACUUUUGCAACUAAGCCUUUUUUGCUGUAUUUUGUGCACUAAAGUACACUGUUUGCCUAUAUAUUUGAAAUAUUUUUUAUCUGUACAGGUUUUAAUGUUAUUAAUGCUGUUUUUAUUUAUUAAUAGGUUGGAUUAUGUAUAUCUCAGCAAACUAACUCUUUGGUUGAAGGCUUGAACUGUUGGCUAAAGAUUUGGUCCAUUAGUACACAAAUACAAUGUAAUACCGCUUGACAUUUUUUUCCCACUUCAUCUUAAAUGUUGCCGACUGGAUUUUGGUUGUCUUUUACUGAAGAUUGUUAUUUCCAGCGUUUGCAUUUGAAGUGUUUUCGAGAUCUGGCUGCUUAAUUUGAAUGAUUUAAACUGCAAUAAUGUUUAAAACCUAACGUUUCUUUUUAUGUUUUUGUCUUGUACAUAAAGUCUUUUCUAUCUUUGAAACAUAUAUGUAUUCUCUUAUACAUACUUGACACUGUACAGGAAAUAAAAUACAAGGCAGGAAUAAGCAAUAAACGCAGGUGAUAUUUUUGUAAAAACCUUUUGUUUGCCAUAGCAAAAAAUACAUAUUGAGGUACUAUUAAAAAAAAAAGGCAAACCACUAUGACAUUCUUUACCCUCUCAGCUCAACUUUACCAUGCCUUUAAUGCUAGCAUACCAAUGAAUGUGAAUGCUCCCUUCUUAUGGAAUUGUUUUAUAAAUAAAAGUUUUAUCUGUGAAUGA